UGUGUGUGUGUGUGUGUGUGUGUGUGUGUGUGUGUGUGUGUUUUGCAGGUCUUCUCGGUAUGGUGGCCCACAUGAUGUACACUCAGGUGUUCCAGAUCACAGUUAGUCUGGGUCCUGAAGACUGGAGGCCUCACAGCUGGGACUACGGCUGGUCCUUCUGCAUGGCCUGGGGUUCCUUCACUUGCUGCAUGGCUGCCUCCGUCACCACCCUCAACUCCUACACCAAGACAGUGAUCGAGUUCAGACACAAACGCAAGCUGUUCGAGCAGGGCCUGCGCGAGGAGCAGAACUACCUGGACCAGGAAGCGUUCCACUACUUCCGGGACCACUCCCUCCAGUCCAUCUCCAGCACUGUGGAGGUCUAUCCCGGCCACGGCGGAACCAGAACCACCGGGCUCAUCGUUGGGGGACCGAGUCCCGGUCCAGGACCGGGUCGUGGUCCAGGUCCUGGUCCCGGAAGGGGCAAGAUGAAAGCCCCGUCAGCAACGAUAGACCUGGGGGAGAACACAGACUCGCUGGGAGAGGAGCAGUGCUGAGCGAUCUACGGGAACGUGAGGGUUGUGUGGGAUGACGGGGAAAACUGCUCCUUUGGGUCUAAACUAGGCCAAGGGUUCUGCCAUCGAAUGAGAAAGCACAGCAGUCCUUAUUUUCAGUUUGAACAAGAUUAUUAACUCUUCAAGAAGAGACAAAGUCAGUGGAAUAAAUAAAAUUAGACGGAUGUGUUCUUUAUAUAUUAAUGGAAAGUCAAUAUAAAGUGUGAUAAACGGACCGAGAUCUUUGACUUUGAGAAUUAAGAUUCUUCAAGGACCGAAAGCAGGUGUUCUCUAGUUAAUUUCGAGGUGCUAUGUGUAGUAUUUCAACAUUGGUUUUGUCAAUUUUGAUAAAUUAAAGUGGGCCAAUGUAACAGUGCCAAGAACAAUGGUGAAUGCUGAAGAGUAACAGUAGCACUACUACUACUACUAAUAAUAAUAAUAAUAAUAAGUCACACAGGAAUACCUACCUUAGGUUGGCUAACAUUACCUACUACAAGCUACUGGUCAUACCAGACCAAGUAAGACUGAAUGUAGCAGAAAAACACCUAGAAGAACUGAACUAAGUUAGGGUGUGUUUUAUUGCCUAUUAAUUAAAUGCUUUAUUUGUAAAGCAAGGAAUAUGUUUUUUCACUGAUAUAUUUUGGACAGCGUAGAUUACAACUAUAGCCCGUUUUACACAUGCACUGCAAUCCCGAAGAUAUCCACUCAUUACCCAGAGGAGCUGCACGUGAAAACGCAAAUGUUUGAAUCAGUUGGGCCGGACAUUAAACAGACUUUACCCUGCCAGCAGCCUAGCAUAAGGUGACCAGAUUUCUCAGACAAA